CAGCUGACGACCCCCAGUCGGACUACGGAAUCAACUAAACGUAAACACCCCUCUAGAAGGAAGGUGUUUAGCGAUAGAUUCUCCUUUUAUUUUUAGGUUUUCCUGCUCAAGUUUUACUCAGGUUUUGUUCACCAUGGGUGCCCAGGGAUGCCUGUAAGGUGUGGAGUGCGAUACAUGGGGCUCAACGCUAGCUUCAGCACAGAAUUAAGGUGUUCAGAGGAGGCCGUAGCAGGGUGGGGGAACAUUGAGCAGCGUGUAGAAUGAAGCUGCUCCGUGGGUUUUGGGAUGCCAAGAGGCUAACAUCAACACUUGAGGAGGCGAUCGCCAAGGAAGCUAGCACCUGGAGACCUCGGCUGCUAAAGGCCAAGGUGAACCAGGAUGCAGAUCUAGAGAUUGGUCCAGAAGAAAGAGAUGAGGCUGUACGCUGGCUGGCAACACUCAGUACCAAGGUCCAGGCUUACCCUGAGACAUUUGCCAUGAGUGUCAGCAUCUUGGACCGCUUCCUCAACGCAGUGAAGGCCCGACCAAAGUACCUUCGCUGCAUCAGUGUUAGUUGUUUCUUCUUGGCAGCCAAAAUCAACGAAGAAGAUGAGGCCAUCCCCAGUGCAGGGGAGCUGGUGCGGGUGAGUGAGUGUGGAUGUACAGCCAACGAGCUGCUUCGUAUGGAGAGGAUCAUCUUGGACAAACUGGGAUGGAACCUGAAGGACGUCACCGCACUAGAUUUCCUGCACAUUUUUCACGCCCUGCUGACCACCUACCAGCCGCAGCUGCUGGACACCUACACCUGCAUGACCCCCUCCCGCCACCUGGCGCACCUGACACGCAAGCUGCAGCGCUGCAUGGCGUGCCACCAGGUGCUGGGCUUCCCCGGCUCCGUGGUCUCGCUCGCGCUGCUAAGCCUGGAGCUGGAGAUGCUCAUCCCUGAUUGGCUCGCUGCCACCUUCAUGCUACAGAAGAUGGUUAAGGUUCAAAAUGAGUCGCUGAUCCGCUGUCGUGAGGUCAUCGCGCGCCACCUAGCGGCCCAGCGCGACAUGACACAGAACCUCGUCUACAUCAUCUCCGCCCCCGCCAACAAGUCUGCCAAGCGCAAAGUGGCCCAGAUCCAGGACGACGACAUCUACGACGGAAUCAAGCGCCUGUACGACCAGGACUGGAAGGGCGACCCCGAGGUCGUUGCUGGGGCGACGGAAGACGUUGCCAUGGUGACGGGCGGGGUGGCAUGCAGCUCGCAGCUGCGGCAGGACCGAGACGGAAACCUCUCUCCAACCUUACCUCCACUUCAACCAAUCACUGCUAUGAUAUAGCUACUUCCUUUUUCUUUACUGUCGUUGGCAACUUGUAGGAUGUGGAACCAGACUGUACAGUCAAACCUGACUUUUACAAUAAGGCUAGAAGUGUAUAUACACACACAAACACACGUUUGACUGUACAAGGUUCACACAGUAGCACUUUAUGUAUAAGAUAAUCAAAACAGUAUCACUGUAUCCUCUAGAUGUAGAAUCGUAAAUACGAAAAAAAAAUUGAGAAGGUGUUUGGAAAGUGGUGGGGAAGAAGAGAGGUGCCAGCUGUUGAAGUGGCAUAGACAGUACUUGGCAGCUAGACGUUAUGUUUCUGUUGAUGGUGAAGGGUAUAGGAAUGGGUUUGUCACUGGAAGAGGAAUAUUCUACCAUCAAGAUAAAAAGUCACCAUUCUUUUUUGCGUUGGCAUAAUCAAAUGACACUUACUAAAACAUGCUAAAAAUUAUUUAUUCUUUCUUCUAACCUCAUUGGAGAAAAAAAGUACAGACUGUCUAUUCUUCUUUAUGUAAACUUAAAAGUAUAUUUCAGUCUCAGUUGAGACAAACAAGUUAUUUUAUACGUAAAAAAAAGACAGCAGAUAAUAGAAAUAAUUGUGCUGUAUUGAGUGCAAUGCACAUUAUUGUGACCUGCAAGUCCAAUUUCAUAAGGUCACCCCUUCAAUGGAAUGAAGCAAUUUUUUUCUAUUUUCUCCUGAUAUUCCUUAAGCAAAGUUGGAGCUGGAAAACCUUAAGAACAAAAGGAAACACAAGUAAGAAGUUAUUGAGACAUUGUGCGGCAAUGUGUAAGCUAAAACAAUUGCUCGUCACAUGAGAUGGACCAAAAAUUCCACGUUAUAGUCAUGUUUCCACUCGUACCAUUACUUACAACACACUCUUAAGUUUAGAAUUUAUGACAAAGAACCUUAGUUAUAACUUUUAAGGACUUUGUUUUGAAUUUAGAAAAAUAUCAUGGCUGUGUCAAACUUAAGUUAAUGUGUAGGAAAAUAACGGAAAAUGACAAAAAAGAAAAACAUAUCAAAAACAUAGGCACAUUGUGUGUGCCUCCUAUGUUAAACUCCGAGCUGUUUUUAGCUUGGGGCUGUAUAUUGUCAAGUUUGUGUGAAAGUGUGAAUGUGAAAAAACACUGUAUAAAUUCUGUAAAAUAGUCACAACGUUGUGUAUAUUGGCACCCUGUAUUUGUACACUACAGAUGUCUGCCUUUUUUUCCCCUAUGUAUGAUCAGUAUUAAUGGGAUUUCAACCUAAAUCUGUAUUUAUUAUUCACUAUCAUUUUAGAGCCAUAAGGAUUGUCUCCAUUUGUAACUUUUGAUGUUUUACUACUCGCCUUCAAGAGGAAUAAAUACAGACUGUAAAGCUGCCAAAAGCUUUGCUAACAAGAGUGUGCAUUUUAGGAGGCCUGUUUAUGGAAACUUUUACCUCAGUUCCUAUCUUUUAAUCUCCACCCUGUAUGGCACCCUUGUUCUUGUAUCCAUCCAUGUUAUAUUUUGUGUGAAGUAUUGUGUGUGUGUGUUACCAGUAAGUAUGGUAUAAUAAAGGAGCUUUGAUACAA